CUGACAGGAAAGAGAAUAACCAGAUCCCAUUCACUUGAACCCAGAGGAGGCUUUGGGAAGGGAAGACCUCAGGUGGACACCUUCCCUUCCCCACGCCCCCCAAGACUGACUGUGUGGUGUGGACAGAGCCGUGCUCUCAGCCUAUCAGAUGCAGUGCCUCCUUCUUAAACUGCUCCCUUUAGUAUAUUAUCGCCAAGUGAGAGCCACAGAUAAUAGGGGGCCACCAUUGCUUAUCCAGAAUCCAAAAGGCUUCAAAAAUCCUAAACUGGUUUUUAAAACUUUGUCAGCAAAACCCACCCUGAGCUGAUCUGAAUUACAUAGAUGUAAUUCAUUGCACUCUUUGUGUCUGUAUAUACGUUUUGCUGUAGAAGUAUGUGUGAUUGAUUAUAGGAUGCUGUUCUAGGUCCCGCCGAGGGCUUCUAUAACAUACUGUAGGCGCAGCAUACUACUUUUAGUACUUAAAAUCUGGAAAAUUCUGAAUUCUGAGACACAUCUGGCCCCCAGGAGUUUUGCGUGAGGAUUUGUGGUCUAACAUAAUCGACCAACGCACAUAAUGUUUAAAAAUAAAAGUGAUAUAAUGCCGUCGGUGUAAAAGAAGAAAUAAAAUGCUAGAAAUGUAUAAAAAUAGAAUAUGUAUUUCAACACGUAAAUGCCGGGAUUAUACCAGAAGACUGGGGGAAGAGUGGUGGACAUAGACCCCUCUUGUGGGGUGCGAGUUGCCCCUAACGUGGGACUUUUGAAUGUGGCAAUUCAAAUGAAACUGAUAAAUUUGUGUAUAUUUUUUUUGUGACUCAAAUGCUAGGAGUUCUUUUCCAGUAAGGGGGUCUGAGGUGAUCUCUAAAGAUGGUUUGCUAUUCGCUUGACCCAGAAAACCCCACAAAAUCAUGCAAAUCAAGAGAUUCAAAUCUUCAGGUUCACUUUACGAACACUCAUGAAACUGCCCAGGCCAUUAAGGAUACUCAUAUCCAAAAAGCCACCAAGUAUCUGAAGGAUGUCACUUUACAGAAGCAAUGUGUGCCACUCCGUUGUUACAGUGGUGGAGUUGGUAGGUGUGCCCAAGCCAAACAGCAGGGCUGGACGCAGGGUCGGUGGCACAAAAAGAGUUCUGAAUUUUCACUGCAUAUGCUCAAAAAUGCAGAGAGUGAUGCUGAACUUAAGGGCUUAGACGUAGAUUCUCUGGUCAUUGAGCACAUCCAGGUAAACAAAGCCCCCAGGAUGCCGUACAGGACUUACAGAGCUCAUGGUUGGAUCAACCCAUACAUGAGCUCUCCCUGCCACACUGAGAUGAUCCUUACUGUAAAAGAAUAGAUUGUCCCUAAACCAGAAGAGGAGACUGCACAGAAGAAAAAGAUAUCCCAGAAGAAACUGAAGAAACAAAACUCAUGGCCCGGGAAUAAAUGCCACAAAAAAAUAAAUGCAAAUAAAAGUAAAAGCAAAAACAAAAAAAACAAAAAACAAAACAAAACUAGGAGUGGCAUUGCCAUGAGUUUCCAGAAUGGUGAACAACUCUCAGUAAAGUUCCAAUAUAAAGAAAAAUACAGUCUCCCUCAAUUUACUCAAUAGUUGCAUUCCUGGAAAAUCUGGUGCAAAUAAAAACCAUGCAAAAUUACUUUGUGUUCAUUUGUAAAACGUA